CACCAGCGCUCCUACAGUAAAUAUUUGUGUUUGCUCAACCGGCUGUAAUGGUGGACGACUGAAAGAGAAAAGCGGAGAGAGGCUAAAUCUCGAAAAUCCUGUCCCGGGUGAAAACACCAGUGUUCGUGGCUCGGAAACAAGCACCAGCCAAAAUGGAUGAACUCAAACAUCAAGUUAUGAUCAACCAGUUCGUCCUGACAGCUGGAUGUGCCGCAGACCAGGCGAAACAGCUUUUGCAAGCGGCACAUUGGCAGUUUGAGACAGCCCUCAGUGCCUUCUUUCAAGAGACAAAUAUCCCUUAUGGUCACCAUCAUCAAAUGAUGUGUACUCCUGCCAACACACCAGCGACGCCACCAAACUUCCCAGACGCACUCACCAUGUUCUCGCGACUUAAAGCCUCGGAAAGCUUCAACAGCAGCAGCAGUCCCAGCAUGGCCACCUCACCCCCUCCACCCCCAGUCAGCUGGGGCAUGGCCCCACCCAUGGCCAACCAGCAGAGUUUAUGGACUCAGGGCCCGUCCGCCCAACAGACCCACCCACCCCCAGGCUGGCCCUCAGCUGUCAACCAGCAAGCAGCAUCUGAACAGAAGGCCAGUGCCGCAAUGGAGGCCGAGAGAUGAGGGCCUGGACUACCUGUCCUCCUUCCCACCUUCACUGACCCAUGGAGCGAGGGUUCGGGGAGGGCUCUCGUUUUUCUCUUUUACUCACCAAACAUGGAGGCAGAGAGAGCUACACCAAGAAUAACCAAGCAACAUGGACAUUUACAGAAGAGGAGCGAAAGCCAACAAGAAGGUAAUACGCGGAAGAACGAAACAAGCGCACAUUGUAUUACUAAGAAAGAGAGCAAGUUUUUUUUAUAAUGAAAGAGUAGAUUAACAUUUACGGGACUAUGAUCAUUGCGCCUGUGGAUUAUUUCUGAUAUUUUCUCAAAGAUUGACGUCUAGCAUCUAAGGCAGCAACUUUUCUCAACGUUUUCCUUUUGAAUUCUUUUAUCUGGUGUUCUUUAUGCAAGACGUUGCAUGUGGAUUAGCGAUCUGUUUUUUGCGGUUUUUAACUAACUAGUAUUCAAUGCAAGCGUUCAUGUGUACAGUGUGUGUGUGUGUGAGAAAGAGAGACUGACACACUUAAACAUUGUAUAUGGGACUGAUCUUUUCUCUCCCCGUUGGAUAAUGGGACUUUUUCGUACCUCACUGGUCACCUGACACUCUACUCAACCAAUCAGGGAAUCUUCCUAGUUGAACACACUUUUUUGAACCGGAUUUUUCCAUCACGCUUUGCUUUAUAUCUAUUAAGCGGUAGCUCACUGAUGUCCUCAGAGAUUGUCUGAAAAUAGAUUACGAAAGAUCUGGGUGUUUUAUAAUCAUGGUUUGUAGUUUUAUUGGAAUCUGUCUGGAGGGAGCUUUUUUUCCAGACUGUUGUUUCUUAGUCGGGGAGAGUAAAUCCACGCCGCUAAAGCUACAUUUGAAACCGGACUACUAUACAACAUGUUUGUAAGCAGACUUGCCACUUUGCAUGACGUAUUCACAUGUAUAUCAUAUUUUGUAGUUUCUUGCUUUUUGGGGGAAUUCUACAUGAACGCUUUUUGGGGAAUUCUGUCUUAUUGCUAGUUUUAGUCGAAGAUCUCCAAUUCAACUUGUGAUUCUGGCACCAUCUGCUUUUCUAUUGCCGUUUAUUUCAAAUGAUGAAUCCGAAGAAAGAAAGAAAAACUCAUUUGCUGAUCUACAAUGUUUUAUUUUCCAUUUACACCAGUUUCUGAUCAAACUUUUUCUUUCGGGGUCCCUUGUUCCCAAAUGGUUUUCCAUGUAUGUUUUCCCCUGUUUGACUGUAUUGAGACCAUUCCCACAAUAUUUGUGGACUACCUGAUAAUUAACUUAUCAUUGUUUGUGUUCCUAAAUAAAUAUUGUAUGUCCUAUGAUAUGA